AUGCUCACAGGAUCAGAGAACUUUGAUGAUAUUCACUGGCUGAGAGACUUGGACUCGGUUAUGAGCUCAAUCAGCCACUACAAGCCUGCGUCCAGGAAGCUUUACAUCGUCCCAAUCGUCGUUCUCCUGAAAGGCUGUGACGAGGGCGAACUGCACUCCAAGUACUCUGAGGAGCUCGAAAAGUGCUUAAAGGAGGUUGCAAGCAAGGACAACCUCGAGCAGACAAAGACGGAGCGCGAGUUGAAAAACUGGAUCACCCUCAAAGAUGUGAAGAACAAGAUUGACAAGCUUCAGAGGAUCAUACGAAAACGAAUCGUUGGAAAAAAGCUCGAAGAGAUUGAUCUCGAAGACCGCAGGACUAUCACGCACCACCUCAUACUGAACCUGUACUCAAAGAUGAACCCUCUCCGCAACGAUUAUGCAGAGGUCAAGAUCAUACCCCACGGGCAAGAGCAGUCAGAGGCAGAUCAAAAGCUGAACGUACUCGUAGAGGGCCCACCAGGAUCCUACACGAUGCUCCUGCGUCAUUACAAGACCCACAAGGCGUACGGCGAUAAGACAACCCCGUUCCCAAGAGCUGUCAACAAGAUUGUUUCGGACAGCCUCAAACUCUUCCCGAGGAAAUAUCUCCUCUCGAAUCUGACAAACGGGGACCAGCACAUGUCUCCAGCCUACCUGAGCAAGACGUUUGGGCAGAUCUUUGAGAAGGAAGGGAAACACGUAGGGUCAUGGAUGCUGAGAAAGAUCUUCCUGAGUGAGCUGUACAAGGACGAGGUCACCUUGAAAGAGAGGCACGCAAUCGCAGCAAGUAUGGGCCACUCUGCCGAGAUUGCAGAGCGGGUUUACAGAAGGCGGCUACAUAAGCGGGUAACCGGACGCCCAAACAUGGAAAACCUUGUGUGGCUCAGCGAUGUUGAUGCAGUAUCCACAGCACUGGCAGGUUACAAGCCGGCAUCUCGCAAGCUCUACCUCAUACCGGUCAUCCUGCUCUUGAAGAGAGGGCAACAUGAGGAGCUGCUCCAGAGAUAUCACUCGUUGUUUGUUGAAGCUAUGCAUGAUCUGGCUGAAGAGAGAAAAUCAGAACAGGAGGUGAUGAAGACAUCGGUUGGAAAAGCGGAGAUCGAGCGGACGAAGAAAUGCCUUGCAAAGGAGGUCAAGGAGAAGCUGUAUCCUAAAGGGGCCGGCAACCUCAGUGACUCAGAGAAGGGCCUUUUGUUUCAGAGCCUUAUGCUGAGCCUCUACUCUGCCAUUAAACCGUUACAUUCCGAUCUUGCUCAUGUGAAGGUGGUCCGGCUUGGUGAAACACGCACAGACAGAUCGGUGGACAACCUCGUUGAGACGUGCAUCAACACGUUCACCUUUCACAGAGCCUGCAAGAAGCAAACGGGAGAAGAGACAAGGGUUGAGCUACCGCGCGCUCUCAACAAUCAGAUUGCAGAGUCCCUCCGUCUGUUCCCCCGCAAGUACGUCCUGUCCAACUCAACAGGCGACGAAGGCAUGCCCUCAAAGGCUCUUAAAAGAACCUUCUCGAUUAUAUUCUUCAAAGAUGGGACAGUCCUCGACAAUUCGUCCAUUGUCCGCCUCUUCAACAACCUCAGCGUGGCUUAA